CAUCAAUAAAGUCUGAGAUAUUAAAGUCAAAAAGUGGAUCUUCUGCCCUCCAAACUGAGCUGAGAGUUGCAAACAGCACCAUGUUGACCGCAGGAUUCCUCCUCAUUGGCCUCAGUGUACUGAGUGUUCAUGGAAUUGAUACGAUUCUGGACGCCACGUACAUUGAUUAUGGAGAUGACUACACCACAGACUCACCUAGCCUUAAUGUUGAAUUAUCUGACUGGUUGUUUGAACUCCUGGAUGAGCCCAAUGUUUGUGAUCCAAAUCCUUGCUUCUCUGGUGGCUCGUGCCAAAGUAAAUCCGAUACAAAUUUCACAUGUUUAUGUCCUGAACCUUACAUGGGCAAGAGGUGUCAAAAAGUGAGAAACGUUUGUGAGAAUAUCAGAUGUGGUCAUGGUACCUGUGUCGUCAACCUAAAGAAGCCCCCGUUUUAUGAGUGCAAGUGCAAACCUCCCUACCAAGGCGCCGACUGCAAGACAUUGCCGACGUCUCCCUGUGAACCCAAUCCUUGCCAGAAUGGAGGCUCUUGCAUUUGUGGAAACCGCAGAUUCCGCUGUGCUUGCAUAAAUGGAUACACUGGGAAAUUCUGUGAAACUGCGUCCACUGACUGUUAUGUGGGAAAUGGAGAGACUUACAGAGGUAUGGUCAGUACAACAGAUGAUGGGUUGGAGUGUCUGGACUGGCAUUCCAAUUUCAUUUUGAUGAAUGGGGAUGAUCCUUUCACCAUGUAUUCCUCCUUCACUGGACUGGAAUAUAACAACCACUGCAGGAACCCAGAUGGGGAUGAGAAGCCCUGGUGUUUCUUUAAAAAUAAAAAAGGCAGACUGAGCUGGGAGUACUGCAAAGUCAAGAAGUGUUCUGCUCCAGUCACUCCACCCACGCCUGUCAAGCCAGAUCCUGCAGGCCCUGCCCAGUUCUCCCAGUGUGGGAUAACAACCUUUCCUACUCGCACUAGUAGAAUUUUUGGUGGUAGCAAAGUUUUCCCCGGUAGCCACCCCUGGCAGGUGUCCGUGCAGGUCAAAUCUACUGGCUUCAACACUGAGUUUUACCACUACUGUGGUGGCAUCCUCCUAACAUCCUGCUGGGUCCUAACUGCUGCUCACUGCAUUCAACCGCUUUAUGAAUACCAAGUGGUGUUGGGAGGAGUGAACAUUCAGAAAGAUGAGGUGAUGGACCAGACCAUCCCAGUGGUACAAAAAAUUGUCCACGAGGACUAUAGGGAUGCUGCCUCUGCUCUCUUUAAUGAUAUUGCUCUGCUUAAACUCAAAGUUAUCGACAGCCCUUACUGUGCCAAGGAAACCCCCUUUGUGAGGGCUGCAUGUCUACCAGAUGGGCCCUUCCCAGCCGGAAAGGAGUGUGUGAUCUCUGGAUGGGGAGCCACUGAAACAAGCAGCCACAGCAGCCAGCUGUUGAAAGCUCGUGUUCUCCUGAUCUCUCAAGAGCGAUGCAAUGCUCCUCAUGUCUACAGUAAAAGACUGGACAGCAGUAUGAUGUGUGCAGGGACUUUGCAGGGCGGCAUCGACUCCUGUCAGGGUGACUCAGGCGGCCCAUUGGUGUGUGAGCAAAAUGGCACAAACUACAUCGCUGGUGUGGUGAGCUGGGGCGAUGGCUGUGGCGAGAAGAACAAGCCUGGUGUCUACGCCAACGUCAACACAUUUAUCGACUGGAUUAAAAGCAAGAUCAACUGAAGAUUAAUGAGCUGAACUGUGAAACCCUGCCCUAUCCUGUUAUUUCAGGAAAGAAAAGUGACUACAGAUUAGGUUGCCUGAAAAAAACUGUUUAUUAUAUCAGCAAUAAAACCAAGCAUUUACUCCCAGCCCAGCUUUGAGUUAAAACAGGCACUGUUACAAACUCACAAAGCUGAACCUGCCAGACAAAAUGUUGUUCACACAUCAUUUCAGUAAGCCUUUACCCCUCACUGAGCCUAGCUCAAAGUGCACUAGUUUAUUAGACCUGGAAAGAAAACUGCUUUUUUAGCAUAGUUUGUCUGUGCCUUGUUCAUAUGAACUUACAGGAUGUGUUCUUCACUAAAGAUAAAAAACAAACAAUUAAAAAAAAUCCUCUGCUCUUCUCAGUGUUGGCCAUAAAGCAAUAUCUGCUCCAGCUCCCAAUCUUCUGAACACUCAAUUUACAAAAGCAAAAUGCUUUCCAUUUAAUCUUUCAUGCAGUCCUGAACCAACCUAAAUUCAGAUAUGCCAAUAUUUAUGUUUUUGAUUGAACUGAUGUUGAACAUGGUCCUUUAGAGGUAGUUUUAUGAUCUAUGUAUCCCAUUCAUGUCAAAAAAUGCACUGCAUUCAAUCCCAAAAUAAAGUUUCUUUCUAAAUUC